CGCUCCCACUGUGGAAGUUUGUCUUGUACGGAUAUACUAUUAUCAAUGUAAUUGUACAUUCAGAGACACCAAAUCUUUUGAAACGGGUUUGAGCUGAAAGAUGUCGAAGAAAAAGUCAAAGAAGAAGCACAAGGAGAGAAAGAGAAAGAGGUCUUCGUCAUCCAGCGAUGAUGAAGAGACCUGUGACAAGACAGAAAAUACUAGAGAACGAAAGAGCUCAGAGGCCAAAAAACACCACCGUGCUCGUUCCCGUUCUGAAGAUAAGGACAAUGAGAAAAAGAGGCGCCGGUUUAGUGAUUCCGAACCAGCAAAGUACGUCACCCAUAGCAGGAGAUCAAGAGAAAAAGAAUACAGAAAGGCUGUCUGCAAACAGGGAAUUGCCAAGGCUUCCGAUAAAUCCUCAAGUCUUCAGGGGAAGCAGGAAACUGUCUCAAAAUCCUGCAGUGACGAACUUCAGGCUGACACAAUCGCAUACAAGCGGCCGACAAACUGGAAGGCCAGUCUGUUUGAAAUGCGGCUGCUGAGGCCGGAAUCAGAAGGAAGGCCUGCCGAAAAGACUCUUCCUAGGGAACAUCAGGGAGAGCGAGGGAAGCUCAUGAGGAACAGCUCUAAGUCUUCCAAAGAGCGGGUAACUCACUCAAAAUCUGAGGCAAAUGGAUUAGAUACCUACCACACUCUGGGAAGGGCGGUCAGCUCUGUUGGACAAUCCAAAGAUGAGACACUUGCUGCUUUUAAAAAGGAUGUUGCCAGCAAUAGCCCUGAACACAGCUUGAAGGAGCAAUACAGCCGUAAUGAAAGAACAGAGGAAUAUUCAAGUGCUUUGAGAAAAAAAACCCCUUCCAAGCCUGCUAUGUUUGGAAAGACUAUAAGUUUCAGAAUACCAAAAAAAUCAAAACCUUUUGAAAGUGCUGUUAGUGACACUAAGAGCAAAUCUUGUUUAUCGAUUUGUGACAAAAAAACCUUAUCACAGCGAUGUCAAGAUCGAUCUGGGUCUGACGUUAGGGUUAGUUGUCUGUCUCCUUCAAGAAGUUCAGAGAAACUUAAAAGUAGUACAGUGAGCAAGCCGCUCUCAGCCAGAGAUGUUCAGCAUACCAGUUCUAGCACAAAAGCUACUUCUCAGGAAAGUGAUGUAGAUGCCCCUACGGAAUCCCAUUUCUCCAGGAUGACAGGAGACGGCAUCAGAAAGAAGAGGCCUCUGCAUGCGCACAAGGAAAAGGAAAAGGCAAUGGUUGCUUACAACAAGAAGUUGAUUUUAUAUGAAGAGGAUUCUGAAAUUCCAAGCGUGUCGUCCGAAGCGCCGAACAGUCAUGACACCGAUCAAGAGAUGCAGCUGGUGGUGGAGCUCCACGCAGCUCGCUCUGAGAAGCUGCUGGAGAUGAAAGUGGUGCAGAGCUAUGGAGAGCUGACCUGCAUGGACAUUGAUCUCCCUGAAGAAAAAACAAAUUGUGCGCACAUUAAAGGGAGCUCCCAUCAGGAUCUACUCAUUGUUCUGGACACCAACAUUCUGCUUAGUCACCUUGAGUUUGUCAGGACAAUAAAGGCACAUGGACUCCCAGGUAUAGGUUUCCCUGCCAUCAUUAUUCCCUGGGUGGUGCUUCAGGAACUGGACUCACUAAAAAAUGGAAAGCUGUCCAUGCAUGUGGUGAAAAAAGCCAUCCCUGCAGUGAACUUCAUCUACACCUGCCUGAAAAAUCAGGACCCGCAGCUAUGGGGGCAGUCCAUGCAGCAGGCUUCUCAAAGUAUAUAUGGCCUGAGUGGGGAAAACAAUGACGAUCGUGUGCUGCAGUGCUGCCUCCAGUACCAGAGCUUGUACCCAAACUUGACUAUCAUUCUGUGCACUAAUGACAAGAACCUGUGCAGCAAAGCACUGCUGAGUGGCGUGAAGGCUGUAAGCAAGGUGGACCUCGUUUCAGAGUUAGAAAACCUGAAAUUCACGGCCGAGACACACAAGCAUCAUGCUGUUCAAGUCACUUGGAGCUCAAAAUCCGAGGAGUCAGAGCGUGACAGGAACGACAGUGAAGCAGAGAGAAGAGAGGCAGCUGCCUUAGCAUUAGGCCCUGAGGUUGCCAGCAUUGUCUCGAUUCUGGAGGAGUGUCUGGGGAAGGUGCUGUCCGCUGUGCUUGAGAAGGAAAUGAAAAUUGCCUUUGAUGAUCUUUGGAUCGAGAUAGUAUAUUUGAAGCCUCCUUGGACCCUGCCAGACUUACUGCAGUGUUUUAAGAAACACUGGAUUGCUGUAUUUGGACAAAUUGUGUGCAGGGAUCUACUCAGUUCCAUUGACAUCUUGUAUGACAACCUUUACAAAGGCAGGAAGAUUGACAGCACCAUCAUCAAGCUGGUAUUGCAGGAAGCCCACCAGUUCUUACAGGCCUUCAAAUCCAGGUCAGACUAUGAUGGUGUUCUCCCACAGGCCUUUGCAGUGGUCAGUGGGCUGUUGCAGGAUGGCUCUCAGUCAGACUGCAAGACUCAAGAACAGAGCACUCUAGAUGCAGGCUCGGGCACUGCACUGCCUAGGGGGAGGGUGUCCCCACUGCCCUCUGAUGACGAGACUCUCAUGUCAGACGAGCAGAACCCCCUGGAACCCCGUCCAUCACACAAGGAAGUCUGGGCCAUAUUCGAGAACAUCUGGAGCACCGUGUGCCAGUACAGCACUGCAGUUUUUGCAACCUUUAACUACCCCUAUGCCCCGGGGGUGCUGCUGCCUGAUGGAAAGCUGCCACCUCCUGACGAAGCCUAUGCUUGUCUGCAAAAACUGUUGGCUGCUGUCAAGGAGCUCCUAGCCUGUUUCCAGAGGGUGUUGGCACAAAACAGCUGUUUUAAAGAUGUGCAGAACCUUUACACCUUCAUUGCCAGCAGUGAGAUUACCACUGUGGGUCAAAGGUUCACCGCACAGGAGAUGUAUGAGUGCUUAACACAGCAGGAAUACAGAGAAAAGCUGAGCAUGGGCUGGAGUCAGUUGGCAGAGUUGAACUUUAAUCUGGAGCAGUGCAACACAGCUGUCUGCAUGGAGGCCAGGGCCAGGGGCUGGAUGUGACCGCACCAAGCUGCAACCACAAGGCUGUACCAUUCUACUCUCUUGGAACUCACUUUCCUGAUGUGGAUCUUUAUGUACACACAUUCCUGAUGGUUCUUGACGAUGGGAAAUAACAGCUCAUAACAAGAGUGUUGCAGUUUAAAAAAAAAAAAUAAUAAUUUUUUAUUGAUUUUAUAAUUCCAGAAAAUCUCAAGCGCUGUAAUACCUCACUGUUUUAUUUUAAAGUAAGGAAUUAAUCUGCCUGGCCUUAAAUCACAUAUCUGUCAAAUGAUAAAUCCAUUAACAUUUUUACCAACAUUU